CUCGUGUCUUUGGUUUUCAGGUUGUUGAAAAGGAUGGAUCUUAGUGGUUCUAGAGAUGUAAUCAGUAGUUUACCGGAUGACAUUAGUUCCCAUAUCUUGUCCUUCCUCCCCACUAAAGAAGCUGCUUCCACUUCGGUUCUUUCGAAAAAAUGGCGGUAUCUCUUUGCUUUUGUCCCUAAUCUUGAUUUGGAUGACUCUGUUUAUCUGAAUCCUGAGAAUGAGACGGAAAUUUCUACAAGUUUUAUGGAUUUUGUGGAUAGAGUGUUGGCUUUGCAAGGUAAUUCUCCUCUACACAAGUUCUCUCUAAAGAUUGGAGAUGGCAUUGAUCCAGUCCGUAUCAUUCCUUGGAUAAAUAAUGUGUUGGAACGGGGUGUAUCCGAUCUUGAUCUACACCUGAAUUUGGAAUCAGAAUUUCUGCUUCCUUCACAAGUCUACUUGUGCAAGACACUGGUUUGGCUGAAGCUAAGGUUUGGGCUAUAUCCCACGAUUGAUGUUGAAGAUGUUCAUCUCCCAAAGCUUAAGACGCUUUAUAUUGAGGCAACCCAUUUUGAAGAGCAUGGUGUUGGGCUUACCAAGCUUCUUUCUGGUUGUCCCAUGCUUGAGGAUUUAGUUCUUGAUGAUAUAUCUUGGUUCAUUUGGGAUUUUGCCUCGGUGUCUGUCCCAACUCUCAAGAGGCUAAGGUUUAGCUGGCAAGAGCGAGAUGAGUUUCCAAAGAGUGUGUUGUUAGAUACUCCGAAUCUUGUAUACUUGAAGUUUACUGAUACUGUUGCAGGCAAGUAUCCGAAAGUGAAUUUGGAUUCCCUUGUUGAAGCUCAUAUCGAUCUUCGCUUGUUGAAGCCUCUAUUGAUAAAUUACCAUCAAGGUUAUGGGGAAAAUGAUAUGGUUGGCAAUGCUACAGAUUUUAUAAUGCGUAUAUGCAAUGUGAAGACUCUUUAUCUAUCUGCCAACACUCUUCAGGUACUUACUUACAGUUGUGAUGCUAUACCAAUAUUCAACAACCUGACUCAUUUAACCAUCGAGAGUAAUCCGAGAGUAGGAUGGCAGUCAGUACCGGGCUUGCUCAAGAAUUCUCCAAAUCUUGAAACUCUUAUCUUCCAAGUAAUAAAGAUACUGAAAUUUGGUGAAAACAGUGAUGACAUGGAGAAGCAGAGAGAGCAGAUCAAGUAUUUCUUGGAGACAAUGCCGAAUCUUGAGAAGAUGAUUUUGUACUACAAUACACCAAGUGUUGAAGAUGUAACUGAAGUUUCAAGCCGACUUCAGAGGCUAGUUUCUAAAGUAGCUUCAUCGACAUGUAUUGUCCAACUAAUCUCUGAUAACCUCAGCUUGUCAUCUACUGUAUCGACAAAUGGGCUCCUCUGUUUCUAAAGGGUACCUCUCCGGUUUGAAGAUUAUCCUCCUUUACUCAGAGAUGGAUUGACAAAGCUUUGGGGGAGUAAGUACCCUAGCUUGUUAUAGUCGCUAAAAUGAUUUUCUCUUGUUUCUGCGUAGUUCUGCUCAAAAGAUAUGUUAUUUAGGCUAUCCUUUUUGGCUCACAAUGUUAAACUUCAUUUGUUGUUUGUUUUAGUUUGUCUGUUGUGUAAACUGAUUUAGUAAAGAAUUAAAAGAGAG